UCUGCAGAGAGUCAUGCUCAGGAGAUCUCGGGAAACUGUGACAGCCCCGAGGUUCAGCGAGAGAAGCCGAGUGUUCCCCAGUAUGUUCCCAACGGUGGAGUAAAGCAUGUCCUCGCUGAGCCUCCGUCAGGCGGGCUUCAACAAUCCAAGAAAAUGAAGCUGGAGGAAGAGCCUAAUGGUCAAAAUCCGGACACAGAGAAUCAGGAGGCCAAACCGAAAGGGUGUAUCCGGGCUCAGACUGAGCUGCGGGAGUUUGAAGGGCAGAACUGGCUGGGGAGCACGACCAAACCUCAGAGCCCCGAACGUGGAGAUCCUGGCCACCCCCAGCCCCCAGCGAGCGAACGCAACAGAUUGGAAAAGGGGAUAGGCUCCGGCUACAAGAACGGGGACAUCCUGUCGCUCCUCGAGAGCAAACCAGUUCCAAACGGUGCUACAAGUUCCAUGGACAUCCAGCAGCGCGGUGGCUUCCGAGACAAGGCGCUGUCGCUGUGCUACCCCGAGCACUUGUUCAGCACAGCCCACAGUGUCACACCUCACCAAUGCAGCAGAACAACGGAGGCCAGCGCGAACCUGUCAUGGAAGAGAGCUCACACCUCACAUACCUCGUCUGUGUUGAAGACAGAAGAAGGGCAGCAGGUAGAACAGUUGCCGGCAGCCAAGAGCCAAGGACCACAGAGCUCUGGAGCUGGGCAGGUGCCCGGCCAGUGUUCUCCUGUGGUCCCCACCAAGUGUUUACAUCUGCAGACCAGCUUUACAAAGAUGUCAGAGCCCCCUGCCAGGGGCAAGACCGUGUUUAUUGGUGCUACGGGCGGCUCGCAGUUUCUCUCGCAGCCCGGGGAAGGGCACGGUUUACAGGCCGCCCGGGUGAUGCACGGUGCGGCCAGGGUGCCCCAAGGCGAGCCGCCGGACUGCAGAGAGCAGGAGGCGCCCGGACCGACCGAGAACGGAGCCCCCACCUCCGCUUGCCCUCAGCAGCGCUGGCCGGGCUCGGCGCUGCGGGGGUCGUCUCGCCAACCUCCACCUCCCCCCGCUCCUCUCCCGGCCGAGCCUUGGCUCCGGCUCCGGCUGCUCCAGCUCCAGCAGCCGCCGGUAUCGUCCCCACCGUCUCCAGCCUGUGCGAGGGGCCCGGAGCGACCGUGCAGCAACGGGCCGGCGGCCGGGGAGCAGCGGGCCCAAGCGAACGGCCAGUCCCGGAGGUGGGGGCCGGGGAGCGGGCAGGAUCCGGUCGGGCUACCGGGCUCCGAGACCGAACAACAGCAACAACGCGACAGACCGCAGUCGGCCCCCCAGCGCCUCCUGCAGGCUCAGCAGGACAAGGCGGAGAGCCCCCCGGGCAAGAGGUCACUGCUACAGACCGUGGGGGAGGGCCGACCCCAUUCAGUCCCCCAGCAGGACACGGAGGUGCUGAAACCCCGUCUCCAGUCCUGGCUCUUAACCCCACUCCCACUGAGCCAGGGGCAGCAACAGUCAUCACCGGCCCCGGGUGAAGGGCUGGCUCCCCGCCUGUGCCCUCGCACCCUCCAAGCUCAGGUGCCAAACCUCCAGCUGCCCCCCGAAUGCCAGCUGCCUCCCCUCCCAGGCGACCCCCAUCGCCGCCAGCAACAAUGUGGCCAGCGCUUGAAGUCAGUGGAACUCAGAACUGGGUUGUCCCACCCAGUUCAGGAGCAGAAGGGCCCGCCUUACAGUGCCCACAGCAGCAAUCCCCUACACAGGAGGCUCAUCGAGCCUCAGCUGAACAAACUCAGCCCCUCUCACGGUAGCACCCCCGAAGGGGCAGGCCCCUGCAGGGCAGAGAGCAGUACCAGCCAAGAACUUCAGCCUCCAAACAAAGCCAACGGUUCACAGCAGGUCCCAUGUGCCCAGCAUAGCACAGGACCGACUCCUCAACUCAAGCAGCAGGUACAUCACAUGUCUGUCAUCCAACAGGUACAGCAACCACAUUCACAGGGACAAGCUGAACUGAUGGAGCCAGUCAUUGCACCCAGGAUCGAGCGAGGCUGUUCAGUCCCUCAGUCACAUCCAACGCCAGGGCAAAUACCCCACGGUUCACAAAGCCCUCAGGGCCCAUCCGGCAUCCAGAAGGAAGAUGAAUCCCAAAUAAGCGCAGCGCUUAGAGCUCACUUACUGCAACAGCAAGAGCUGCAAAGGAGAAUGUACCUACGAAGAAUGCAGGACCCCAAAGGACUUCAGAAACUAAUCAAGGUUGAGAAAGAAUGCCCAACCGCCCCUUCCACAACUGCAACCAGUGCCCAGCUGAAAGCUGACCCAGAGAUAUUAAACCUUAUUAAGCAACAGAGCCAGCAGUUAAGCUGUGACCACCAGAAGCAGGAAAGGAGCAUAAUCGAAGCACUGGAGCAGCGCUUUAAAGAGUACCAGCUCUCCUCACCCUUUGACCAACAACCAUGUGUCAUCAAAUCACCCAAGCAAGUGAAGGUGGAAACCUCAGGAUCUGUCACUGUUUUGUCUGCCACCGCAGACUUGGAGUCAGAUUUAGGUGGUGACUGUACUUCAGCACUACAAACCAGCUCAUCUACUGAAGCCACACCGACUAAACGACGGCCAGGAUCCACACUCAGUAAUUUUUUAGAGUCCCCCUUGAAGUAUUUGGACACCCCCGUCAAAAACUUACUGGACACCCCAAAGAAGACACAGUACGACGUCCCAGCGUGCAGUUGCGUUGAACAAAUCAGUGAAAAAGAUGAAGGUCCUUACUAUACACACCUUGGUGCAGGCCGUAACGUAGCAGAAAUUCGAGAGCUGAUGGAAAACAGGUUGAGUGAGAAAGGCAGUGCUAUCAGAAUAGAGAAAAUUAUUUACACAGGAAAAGAGGGCAAAAGCAGUCAAGGAUGUCCUAUUGCAAAAUGGGUGAUUCGACGAAGCUGUGUUGAAGAGAAGUUGCUGUGCUUGGUGCGGGAGCGAGCUGGCCAUUCCUGUGACACAGCAGUGGUUAUCGUCCUAAUCCUGGUGUGGGAAGGAAUCCCUUUGCAAUUUGCUGACAGACUGUAUGUGGAGCUUACUGAAACCCUGAGGAAGCACGGCGCCCUGACAAGCCGCAGAUGUGCACUAAAUGAAGAACGAACGUGUGCUUGCCAAGGGCUAAACCAAGACACUUGUGGAGCUUCGUUUUCCUUUGGCUGCUCCUGGAGUAUGUACUAUAACGGGUGUAAGUUCGCAAGAAGUAAAGCCCCCAGGAAAUUCAGGCUACUCGGUGAUGAUCCCAAAGAGGAGGAAAAACUCGAGUCCAAUCUGCAAAACCUGGCAAACCUGUUGGCACCUGUUUACAAGAGGUUUGCCCCAGAGGCUUUCAACAAUCAAGUUGAAUUCGAGCAGAGGGCAAUCGAUUGCCGACUUGGCCAGGUGGAGGGCCAUCCAUUCUCAGGGGUGACUGCUUGUGUAGAUUUUUGUGCUCACGCUCACAGGGAUUUGCAUAACAUGCAGAAUGGCAGCACAGUGGUUUGCACACUUACCAAAGAAGACAAUCGGGUUAUUGGCCAAAUACCAGACGAUGAACAGCUCCAUGUCCUGCCUUUGUACAAAAUCUCUCCGACCGAUGAGUUUGGAAGUGUGGAAGCUCAGGACGAAAAGAUCAAGAAAGGUGCUAUUCAGGUGCUGAGCUCCUUCCCCCGAGUGGUAAGAAUGUUAGCCCGUCCUGUCAAAACCGGCCGGCAGAAGAAAGAAGCAAAGAAGGCAGCUGCAGCAGCUGCAGCGGCAGAGAAGCUUCUGAACCAGGAGAACAACGCCACGAAAGCAGAAAAGGGUCAUCCAGCAGCAGCACGGUCAAACCAGGCUGGCUCAGAAAACGCAACAGCCAACCAGCAGAUAUCAAGUAACUUAGGUCGUGUCAUUCCUCCAGGUAUUCAACAACAUCAGGUUCCCAAUUACUACCAAUCUGCCCCAACAAGCACUUAUCCAGGUUACCCAUGUAACGGAAACACACCAAUUGACAACUUCCACCAUUAUAUGGGGUCCUACUAUCCUUCACUUGCACACCAUAUGGACAUGUACCGUUACCAAGUUCCAAUGAACAAGCUUACCCUGCCACCAAUUCAGACUCUCUAUCAGCAAUUUUCAAAUUCCUACAGGUAUGGCAACAACCAGAUGUGUAUGGGCAGAUUUUGUAACUAUGGUAUGCAAGUUAAUGGCUAUAACGGUUGCCCGAUUGAAAACAGAAUAUCAAACAUCCAACGUUAUCCUCACUUCAAUUCUUCUCCUCAAGUUGAUAGCCAGCUUAUGGAACCUGGUUCGAAAUCAGUGUCAAAUCUGAGUAAUCAGACUGUGGAUCAUUCAGCAGUCGCUCGUGACAGCCAAUAUCCUUCAUUCACGAGUUCUCACCGAGCAAAUGAUCAUCAUCCUGCUAAUUCUUUCCCAAUAGAAAAUAAAGAAAAUGAACUUAGUAUGCUUGGAGAUAAUGACAUCUCAAGGCUUCCUUCAUCAGUUAAUUGUGAGAUGGCUAAUACCUCACAAGCAGAAGUAGCUGCAACUGUCAAUCAUAGAAUUCCAGAAAACACCUCCCAAAUGCCUUCACAGCGUGACGUACCUGCUUCAGAAGAACCUCAAGAGGUUUGGUCAGAUAGUGAACAUAACUUCCUGGAUAAAGAUAUUGGAGGGGUUGCUGUGGCGCCAUGCCAUGGGUCCAUUCUUAUUGAGUGCGCAAAACGUGAACUACAUGCAACGACCCCAUUGAAAAACCCAAACAGAAAUCACCCAACAAGAAUAUCUCUUGUAUUUUAUCAACACAAGAGUAUGAAUGAGCCAAAACAUGGAUUAGCACUCUGGGAGGCCAAGAUGGCAGAUAAAGCCAGAGAAAGAGAAGAAGAGGCAGAGAGACUUGGUGUGGAUUAUGUGCCUACCAAAUCUUACAGCAAGAAAGCAAAACGAGAGGUCCCAGAAUCGCAUGAACCCAUUGAACCACCACAGAUACGUUUUAUGAAGACUCUUGCACAAAGGACUAUGACUUUCACAACAAACUCAGUAACUACAGCGUUCCCAUAUGCCUUCACACGGGUUACAGGUCCUUAUAGUCGAUGGAUAUAGCUUCCUACUCACAUGGGUUACCUCAUUUUCUGUCUAGCAUCUGGCAAGGCAGCUGUGCUACACCCAAUGAGGGAAAAUAAACAGUGUUUGAUGGAGCACUGGAAAUAAAGAGUAACACCAGCAAAUGGAGACACCCUGAAAAACACAUACCCUGUAUCCCAACUCACUUGUUAAAAGAGAGUUCACAGUAAGGACCAAGCUGAAAAGCGUCCUAUGCAAAAAGUGCUCUUUCAGAAAACCAUUCUGGAAUAAUGAUGCAUGCAGAGUCUUUCUGUAAAUUAAUUUAAUCUAAAUAUUUAUGCCAGACACAAGUGACCUCUAAUGUCAUUAAUGAGCCUAUUCUUUGGACGCAGGGCAGGAACAGAAGCUAAUCCUCUGGUGCUGAGUAUUAUUGUUACCAUGGCAACAUUUAAAAACUACACAUUUCCAACAUGUAGUUUUUGUUACAAAAUUGUCUAUCAAACUCUUAGUGGUUUGUUUUGCCUUUAUAUAUUGUUUGCAAAUAACAGUCAACUCAAACAGUUAGAACAGAUUUUAGUUGACUUGUCAGGAAAAAAAAACACUGAAAAGUUUGAAGAUCAUGGUGCUAUGAAAAGUUUGAAGAUCAUGGUGCUAUAUUUAGAGGAUUUUUUAACAUCUUUGAUGUAAAUCUCAAAUGCCAUUUAAAUGGUUUCAUAAUAAUUAACAUUUUUCAAUUGCUUAUUUGAUGCUGAGGUCUCCUUUCAUAGCAUAAAGGCCUUUUAACUUAAAGUUAUAGCUGUUUUAAACAAAGUCUACAUUUAAAAUGUAAAGUACUUCAGAGGCUCAGCAAAUUCUGAUUCUGUAAUAAGGAUUCUCAAAAUGAAUUUUACAGAAUAUUUUGUAAGAUUUUGGUGUUCAAAAAGCACUUUGCCUAUUUUAAGCUUUGACAACUUGAAGGGUGAUAGGGUACCAAGGCAUUAAGAGAUUUACUGUAAAAUAAAAAUCUGUCAAAGUACUUUAUAAUAUCCAUAAUGCCAUAAUUCAGACGAUAGGCUAUGUAUACUUUUUAAGUGUCAUUGAUUACCUUAAAGUUUGGGAUUUACUGGACACAAGGGGGAAAACUUUACCAGAACUUCAUAUAAAAACACUGAUCCUGGUGCUCACAUACAGUAUGCAGCUAUUUGUUAUAUGAAAAUGUAACAGUCCAUACUACAUCACUAAAGUGAUUGUGCAGUUUUAGAUCCUAGGCUUUCAUAUUAACACUUAUCUCACAGCAUGUUUUAGACAAUAAUACUAUGGUUAUCCUAGACCAAUUAAGACAUUUAUAAAUGAAUUAUAUAUUCACUCAAUAGAUUUGAUUUGCAAUGAGAUGUUAAUGUUUGGGUAGAAUUGUAAUUUUUUUUAAUAGUUACAAUGUAAGCAGUGUCUUUAAGAGAGAGAGCUAAAAACAUGCCAGGAAGAUGUAAACAGGGUUAGUUGUAUCCAAAUGGAGAAAUCAGGCAGCUGGCUUGCUGUGGUAAUGUUUAAAUGUUAAAUUUGUAAAUAUAAAAAUACAAAAACAACAAAAAAAGUUAAAAAGGUGUACAGUAAAUUAAUUUGUAAACAGAAUUUUCUUUUUUUUACUUAACGCUUUUACUAUUUUAGUACUGUAAUGUUUUCCUAAUCUUUUUUUUUAAGCUUUUCUUUUCAGAAUGGUGCUACUCAAUCUGCUACAGUUAAAAUGUGAGUUUAAGAAGUGUAAAGGGUGUUGGAGAUGUUCUUACUUGUCAUAUACCUCAGCUCUUGUACUGAGCAAUAGGAAAAUGAUGAUUCAGAAGUCAGUAGUGUUUUGUACACCAUCAUUGUUUAAUUUAAAAUAGUCUUUAUGACAUAAACAUGCUUUUUUUUCAUUUUGAUACUUGAUAACUUGAAAUUCAAGCUUUUGUUCUACAAGAAGAUCAGGGAUAUUAUAACUCUUAUAUUCUCCUUAUGCCAAUACGUCACCUGUGUUUUAAUAUCACCCUUUUAUUUUGUUUUUAUUUUCAGGGAUACCUUCACUUUGUUUAAUCCCUAUUUGGAUUUUAUGUGUAUAGUGGGAUACAUGUACUUGAUGCUUCUAAAAUGAGCGUUAGUAAAGCAGUGGCUUUGUUUUUAAUUCUAAGUGAGAAAGUACGUAAUAGUUCUUUUUUUCUUUAAGAAUUUGGAUGAUGUAUGCACUGAGCUGAUAAAAGGGAAGAAAAAGAAAUGAGAGUUUGUUAUUUUCAUGUGGGGGGGGGGGGCUGGGGGGGAAAGGGGAGCUAUUGGUAUCUCAUAUGAAUAAAUGAACUUGUGCCACUUGUUGUACAGGGCCCAGCUUCAGUAGCAACAUGUCUUUUGGAAGGAAAGUGCACGUAUAGGGUAUUGGGUUGAUGCUAGCCAUACUUGAAGAUGCUUCAGAGUGGUGUUGACAUUACUUGAAUUUAAUUUCAGCUUGAUUGACGCACAGCAGUAUAUAUUGUUCACUUCUCAAGCUAGAGGUUAAUGUAUACUCAAGUGUAGAAUACUUAGCUGAAUUUGACACUAAAAAUCAGUUUUGGUGUGCAUUUUGUAUGCGUUCUGUUCUGUAUUUUACUUUAGCUUUGCUCUUUACUGAUGAAUUGGGUAUGUUGAAAAAAGAUUAAAGAGGCUGGUUAUAAAUACUGUAAGUAAUGUACUAAAAGCGGAAAGUUAUUUGAAAGCUGUUUAUUAUAUCAUUCCUGAUAAUGCUGAGAUGUGGGUGUUUUUAAUAAAAUUUAUAUUUAUUUAAUGCA